AGCUUUAGUCGAUAUGGUGCAAGGAAAGUACCGCCACAUUUCAAACAUUUAUCUGCUCGACAGCUUUAAACAAGAAGUAACAGCGGCUGCAGGAACACCGACGAUCGCAAGAACCGUCGCGUCUUAAACUAUAUCGCAGGCAAACAUUGUUCAGUUCGGUCGCAGGGAAAGUGAGUGUCAGUGUCGAGGUAGAAAUCGAAAGAAAUGAAAUUUUUGACUGUGUUUAGUGCGGUGUGUGUAAUUUUUAUCGCUGAAGUUAACGGCCAAAAUGACAAGAAAGGUGAAGAAUUUCAGUGCCCAUCGUCUAUCGGUACAGGAAAUUUUGCCGACCCUGCUACUUGCAGGCGAUUUUACCAGUGUGUCGAUGGCUAUCCAUACCUAAACAGGUGUCCUUCGGGGCUCUAUUUUGAUGACAUUAGUAAAUUUUGCACAUUCCAAAACGAAGCCAGAUGUGGUCCUCUUGCCUCAACUCCGGCACCAAUAACCGAACCACCGCUAGAUUUGGCGACUAAAUGUAAUCUCGCAGAGUGCCAAUUGCCAUACUGCUUUUGCUCCAAGGACGGUACCAUUAUCCCGGGUGGCUUAAAACCCGAAGAGACGCCGCAAAUGAUUUUAUUAACAUUCGAUGGAGCUGUAAACCUGAACAAUUACGAGCACUACAAAAAAGUGUUGAAUGGGAGAAGGAAAAAUCCCAACGGAUGUCCUAUAAAAGGAACGUUUUUCGUAUCACACGAGUACAGUAAUUAUCAGAUGAUUCAAAAAUUAGCCAGCGAAGGGCAUGAAAUCGCCACCGAAACAAUAUCACUGCAGGCGGGUCUUCAAGACAAAGGAUAUGAAGAAUGGGUAGGCGAGAUGGUCGGUAUGAGAGAAAUUUUAAAACAUUUUGCCAAUAUUUCCAAAAGUGAAGUGGUUGGGAUGAGAGCGCCAUUUCUUAAACCGGGAAGAAACACCCAAUACAAGGUCUUGGAAGAAUUCGGUUAUAUCUACGAUAGCUCCGUUGGUGCUCCAGCCUUACCUAUUCCGGUAUGGCCGUAUACCUUGGACUACAAAAUACCACACGAGUGCAAAUCGGGAACAUGUCCCACCAAAUCCUUUCCAGGAGUUUGGGAAGUUCCGCUGAACGCUCAUUAUGUAGAAGGUUUCGAAGGUGGCCACUGUCCGUAUUUAGACCAGUGCGUGCUUCACAACCACGAUCCCAACGAAGUUUUCGAGUGGUUACAAGAAGAUUUCGUGAGAUACUACGACCAAAACCGCGCGCCCUAUAUGAUGCCAUUCCACACGAACUGGUUUUCUAUCAAAGAAUUGGAGAAAGGCCUAGAAAAGUUCCUCGAUUGGGUGGUCACACUGCCCGACGUGUGGUUUGUGUCUACGACACAGGCUCUCACGUGGAUGACAGACCCUAAGAUCGUCAACCAGUUGAAAAAUUACGAACCCUGGAGCUGCGCUAAGAAGGAUAAUCUGCCUCCGACGCCUUGUAACGUGCCUAACAAGUGCGCGCUGAGUUUUAAAAGGGAAAACUUCACCGACACGAGAUAUCUGGAAACGUGUUUCGACUGUCCCAAUCAGUAUCCGUGGCUAGGAGACGCCAGCGGGUCAGGGAUUCCUGGCAAAGACAAUUAUGUGCCUGAUAAUUUGUGAACGCGAGUGAGCAACCACCGAAUGUUGUUGUUGCGCCGCCGUUAAUGUUCCAGUUGAGGGUUGAUGUUUUUUCGAGAGAGUGCAGUAAAUGGCGGAACAUGAAACCAAAACGAAACCUUUGUUAUUUAUAAAUUAUAUCAAUAAAGCACAUAGUUUUUAUUUGUAGAGUAAUUCGGACAUCAAAUUUCAAUAA